AUGACUGGUUUAACCAAUUCAAUUGCUAAUUUAUCAAUUGAAAGUCAACAAGAACAGUCACAAUCCCUCAAACCUGAAUCUAAAGCAUCAUUAUUAUUAGCAUGGCAAGUCAAAAAUAAACAUUGUUUGGUUAUUGGUGGUGGAGACGUUGCAUUAUCAAGAAUUUUACAUUUAAUCAGAGCUAAUGCCAAAAUUACGAUUAUAACAGGUUCAUCAUACAUACAUCCAGAGAUUUCACAAUUAAAUGAACAAGGUAAAAUUUACAAACUAUAUCAACGAGAUUAUAAAAAUUCAGAUCUAACAAUGUAUGAAAAUAUAAAUAGAAAUUUGGAUUUAGAUUCAAUAAAUGAAUCAAAUUAUAAAUCAAUUACUCAAUCUGUAUUUAAUGAAGUUUUUGACAUUGUUUGUUGCUGUAUUGAUGACUAUAAAUUAAGCGAAUUGAUUUAUUAUCAAUGUAAAUAUUUAAGAUUACCUGUAAAUAUAGCUGAUAAACCAACAUUAUGUGAUUUUUAUUUUGGUUCAAUGAUUAAUCAAGAUAAUUUACAAAUUAUGAUAAGUACAAAUGGAAAAUCUCCAAGAUUAAGUAGAAUGAUCAAAGAUGAAAUUGCAAAAGAAUUUGAAAAUAUAGAUUUAAAUAAAGCAAUUGAUAAUUUAGGUUUGAUAAGAAGUAGAUUACGUGAAAUGAAAUUAAUAAAUGAUGAUUUGGUAACCAUAGAUACUAGAAUGACAUGGAUUAAAACUUUAACUGAUUUUUUCACUUUAAAACAAUGGAGUGAAUUAGAUUUAAUCCCACCAAGUUCAAAACCUCCUUAUGAUAAUAGAUUUAAAUACAUUGAUAAUAUUAUAAAUUAUUUUCCCGAUUAUCCACCAAAAGAUUAUCAAGAGUUUAAAGAGAAAAUACUCGAAGAAGAUGAAUAA